AGUUGUUCGUGGCUCAAGCACGCAGGGCAACCCCACCUUGCUGGAAAGCGCUUUCGUACCCUCACGCCCUUUCAGGCGGAUCCCGGCGAUGUCUACGAGGUAUGUCGCCGCUGUCGUAUUCUUGCUGCUCAGGAUACGCCGCCUGCACGCCAAUGGCGAGCGCGACACUAUCAGAGGAGGAGCUGAUGGCCGCCAUGGGGGCCGAGGACGGCUUCGGUUUCGGAGAUGAUGACUUUGGCGAGCCGCAGCGCCAGGCCGCCUCCAUCAACGUCAUACAGACGCACGCGACCUACCGCCUCGCCGACGAGCCAGAGGAGGCGGCGGUUCCUUCUGAGUGCGCAGCCUUUGAUUUUUGCCAGAAGCCUCCGAGCUUGUAGUGAUUCUUGAUCCUCGCGCCCCUCCUUCUCUCGGCCCUGACACGCUGUAACGGCUUGGCUGGUAUUCUUCUCAUGUGCCCUUACCUUCUCUUUCUCAUCUGGCGCCGGGCGUGCUUCUAGCCAGCGUGUAGCGAGCGGCAGACGCGCGGGGGGCUCUGAUGCCAGAUUCGACUCGAUGAUGUAGGAGCAUUGGCAGCAGACCCAACGCGUCCGAGGCGAGCAUGUUGGCAGUUGCGCGUCACAACGAUGCCUUCCGCCAGCCCCUUGAAAAUCCUUCUGAGAUGGCCCGCCCCUCCUCACUUCCUCCUCUCGCUCGCCGCCGAGUCAUGCCCCUUCGCCCCUCGCGGCAGCACGGCGAAAGCGCAGAUGGGCUGCUUCCUGUUCGAGAGAGCUCCUUGUCCACGGGCGCCCUGACUCGCAGCAUUCCUCGCGGCGCCGAGCGGCGGCGGAGGGGCGAGCGAGUGUGAGAAGGAGCGGCAGUGCAGAGCAAGCGCGCAGGGCGGCCAG